AUGUUUUGGAUCCCAUUUCCGUUAUGCUUCCAGUGCGGAACAGACCAGAAUCCGUGUCGCUGCAAAGUUGUUGGUCCCACUUUAGGUUUUCUCACGACUGUCCUAAGUGCUAUCGUGUUGUGGCCAGCGUCGAUCUUUUGCGGGUGCUGGGCUACAAAGAGAGGAUCGAAGUUGCUCGGGACUCCGGUGGAGUGGAAUGGAAAAGUCAAUGAGGCCAUCCCCAUUUAA